UUUUGACUGGUCGAUUUAUUUUUCAAACUAUUCUUUAUUAUGAACGUCCUGUUCACGACUUAUACACAUUUACCGUUGGUUUAUAUGUUAUGUGGUCAUUGGGCGCCACUCUUGAAUGGUUAAUACGGAAAUGUCAAGCUAUUGCUGAAAAACAAGAUCGUUAUGCUGAUUGGGCUGAUAUAAAGCGUAAAAUAGGACAAGGGAUUAUCAUAUUCGCUAAAAUAGCAUAUCUCUCUAUAACUUUCGGUAUUGUUAUUCCAUUCCUCCUUUCGUUGGUUAUUGAAUUAUAUAUAAUUCUUCCUUGGAAGAAACCCACUACGGAUGUACCAAUAAUUUCGUUCUUGCAGGACUGGGCUUUGGGUGUUGUGUAUAUGAAAAUUGCAUAUCGUAUUAUAUUUAUGUUGCCUGAUAAUGUUUAUAGUAGAGCAAUUAACGAAAUUACUGUACAUGGCGUUAGACGUUUGAAUGUUAAAUUAGCAACGACCGUUUUUAUUAUUCCUAUUGGUGGUUCAGCGUUGUUGGCAGUUAUAUUUCCUGCACUCACAGCAUGGGGAAUUAUACAUUUAUCGGUCCAAAAACAAACUGCACAAUUAAUAGAAAAUUGGAUGCAGACAGUUAGGGAUGAAGAAUAUCUUAUAGGACGAAGGUUACAUAAUAUAGAACCCAAUGAGCAAGUUGGUAAUGACAGUAAUGCUCGUAAUAAUCCUAAUAAUGCCCCAAUGGCGGCAUAG